AUGUCUUUGGAGACACCUUUAGACCUAUUGAAAUUGAAUUUGGAUGAGAGAGUUUAUGUGAAGUUACGUGGCGCCAGGGAGCUGAUAGGCACUUUGCAGGCGUUUGAUUCCCAUUGCAAUAUAGUUUUGAGCGAUGCAGUUGAAACCAUAUAUCAAUUGGAGAGCGGUGAACUAAAAUCCACAGAGAAAAAUUCAGAGAUGAUAUUUGUUAGAGGUGACAGUGUCACACUGAUAACCACUCCUCCUGAUGAUGAAUGA